CUCGCUGUCGGGCGAUAGUCCCUUGCUGACGUCACACGGUUUGGGCGGCUGGUUGGCGAUGGGUCGGCUGCGCGGCCUGCUGCCUCAGUUGCAGCUGGCGAUGGACUUCAGGGCGGUCGUGGUGUCGGCGGCGCUGCUGGUCGCCGUCUCUGUUCAGGGACUUCAACAACCCAGGGUGUACAAACUGCAUGUGUCGUCCGAGGUCCGCAACCGUUAUGCUAAAACGCUGAUUACCAGCACGAUUGGCAACCCUGCAAAUCAAGCACAAGAAGUAUCUUUCGACGCUGUGCUGCCUGAGAACGCCUUUAUCUCCCGCUUCGUUAUAGAGAUGGACGGCGUGGCGUAUGAGGCGUUCGUGCGAGGCAAAGAGGAGGCCCGCCAGCAGUACCAGGCAGCGGUGGCGGAAGGGCGCGGCGCGGCACACGUCGCUCUCAGUGUACGCGAUUCCGAAGUGGUACACGUGUUGGUGAAUGUUGAGGCGCAGAAAAAAGUAACCUUCAACCUGACAUAUGAAGAGCUGUUGCAGAGAGAAACAGGGGCCUACAACCUCCGCAUCAACAUCAGUCCUCGACAGCUAGUAGAUGACCUGGCGGUUGAGGUGCAUAUAGAGGAGAAAGCGCCUCUGCGUCUGGUGGAGGUGCCCACUCUGCGGCAGAGCAACGAGGUCCUGGAGUCGCUGAACAAUGAUUCGGACCCCCUGGCUCGCAUCGAGCGGCCCACGCCGUCGUCUGCCAUCGUGCGCUGGUCGCCCACCGAGGAGGAGCAGCGGCAGCGGGGCGAGGAGGGCGUCUCCGGCCAGCUGGUGGUGCGCUACGACGUGGACCGCGACGCCUGCCCCAGCCAGAUACUCGUGAGCGAGGACGGCUACUUCGUGCACUUCUACGCGCCUCCCGGCCUGCCGCCGCUGCCCAAACACAUCGUCUUCGUGCUCGACGUCAGCGGCUCCAUGCGCGGCCGCAAGAUCGAGCAGCUCAAGACGGCCAUGCACACCAUCCUGGACGAGCUCAACGCGGGUGACGUCUUCUCCCUGAUCCCAUUUUCUAAUGAAGUCCAGGUAUGGCAUCCAGAUGUGACGCUCACAUUUGAAGCUACGUCCGAGGUGAUUCUGGACCCCGUGUUCAACUCCAGUGCUAUCGUCGAAGCCACGAGUGAGAACAUCGCCAAGGCCAAAAGCUGCAUUAACACCUUUGAAGCGAAUGGGGCCACGUACAUGUUCAACGCAUUGAAGACGGCGCUGCGAGUGUUGGAAGCGAGGUCGACCAGCGGGGGCGGCACCAAGACGUCAGGCCGACUUCGGCACGCGCCCAUGCUGCUGCUGCUGACGGACGGCGUGCCGAAUGGCGGGGUGAGGAUCGGGGACAAUUUCGUGGACCGCAUCACCGAGUGCAACUCGAAGACCAAGGCCGCGAUCUUCACGCUGGCCUUCGGCACCGACGCCGACUACGGCUUCCUGCGCCGCCUCGCAGUGCGCAACAGCGGCGUCGGCCGCAGGAUCUACGAGGCCGCCGACGCCCACCUGCAGCUGCGAAACUUCUACCGCCAGAUCGCCUCGCCGCUGCUCACAGACGUCACGUUCAACUACGACGGCGAGCAGGUGGAUGAGGACGCACUGACGAAGGUGAAGUUCUCGAUGCUGUUCGACGGCGGGGAGUUGGUGGUGGCGGGCCGCCUGCCCCCUGGGGCCAGACGGCUGAUCUGUGUCGUGUUGAGCACGUCCCGUAACACGACGGACCGCGUACCAGAGCCAGCUGCCGUCAACGUGGCGUCAGCAGAGCGGCUGUGGGCCUACCUGACUGUGCGCCAGCUGCUGGACCAGGACGCCGCAACGCCCAACGAGACUCUCCGAGCCAGGGCCAAGGACAUCGCUCUCAGGUACUCCUUCGUGACACCUGUUACGUCACUGUUGGUAGUCAAGCCAAACGCUAUGUCUGCAGUCAACCUCGACGGAUCUGCUGCCCCACGACUAGCAUCACUGCCUCUAGGGUUCCAGCAUAGUGCAAUACGCAGACGUUACAAGAUGUCGUCAUCGAGGCUGAGACCAAGACCCGCACGGCUGCGACCAUCAUCACUGCCUCUAGGGUUCCAGCAUAGUGCAAUACGCAGACGUUACAAGAUGUCGUCAUCGAGGCUGAGACCAAGACCCGCACGGCUGCGACCAUUACGCAGGCGUAGUUCAACCAAGGAAGCCACAACAGUGCACACUCCUCAGGCAGUUGAAGUCACAACAGAGGCACUCCCUACACUGGCUGAUAUAUCGUGGCUGGGCCCAUUGCGGAGCGGAUCUCAGGUCACACUGAAUAUUAACGGCACCGACCAACACUUCCAGCUCGCUCUCAGCCAGACGGAGGGCAGCUUCCAGAACUGCACCACGCCGCCCGCCGGAUCUGGCGUUUGCCGACACCUGGCCGCCUGUAUUCUCCCCGAGUUCAAGGAGAGGCUGGACGUCUUCCUCUCCGGUUACCUGUGCGUCGUAGCAGGAAGUUUCCUCGGCGUAUGUUGUCCUGACACCACUGCAGUUCCAUGACCAGUCUAUGGAAUAGCGGCCUGGCGAAAGAAGACCACCGCUCACAUGGAAGGUGACAGCAAAUCUACAGUAGCUCCGCUGCUGCAGUAAGGAGCGCCAGAGAAAGCUAUACAACUGUCGGAAGCCAGACACACGUAUGACGAUUGUGUCGAGUUCAAACAAUGCAGCAUGAUCCACAACUGUACACUGUACUUGGCAACACUGCGUAAAAAUUAAAUACUCUCAUUGUCACGUGUAGUUCACAAUCGUUUUUACUGAUAAUAAAAUAUUAAUUCUCUCUACA